AUGUCCAGACAACUCACCAAAGACAUGCCGACUGGGACGGGCGGGGUCGGGGCCAGGGGUGCGCGCCGCUAUCGGCUUUCGGGCCCCCGAGGAGCCAGGCGGAGAGCGGAGGAGAUAGUGUGUGUUGGGAAAGCACCAGUUCUGUGGGGGAUAAUGGAGGAGAAGAACGUGCUUGUUUGGUUAUUGUCUGAUAGAGAGCGCGAUGAGGGCGGACGAAGCCAGUAG